CCAAUCACAUUUCACAUGGCCCAUGUCAACAAAAGAUUUCGUUAUAAUUGUUUUCCGGCUGCCUGGUAGUGUUGCACAACAACUUCUAGUGCUUACUCGUGUGAUCGAUUAAAAUAAGACCAAACGUUUUUAUAGUUCGUCGACAGAGCUCUAUGGGUUGAUUUGAACGCGUUUUAAAUAAACAUGUCGCUUCAGAAGGAAAUUCCGUAUGAGGAGAGCUUGCAGGGUUCCUGGGUGGAAUUGCACUAUAACACUGGCAGUGGGAGUCAGGUGUGCCAGGAGCAGAUCUCAACAACUGCUCUUGAUGUAGACCUGGAGAAGUUACUACUAGACGCCCAACACGAGUCAAGCAGGAGUACCUCGAGAGGAAGCUCACAAUGUGACAGUCCACUUAGGUCACAGACUCCUCUUCUUCUGUUUAGAGGCUCAGAGGGAAACAGUUCACAGUCUGAGGAAGAUAACCAAGAAAGAAUCCAGGAAGUAGAGAAUCUACUGAAGAAGAAUGCUGACUGGAUCUGGGACUGGUCCAGUCGUCCUGAGAACAACCCACCAAAGGAGUUUCUGCUGAAACACCCCAGGCGCUCAGCCUCGCUCAGCAUCAGGAAGACCAACGUCAUGAAGAAAGGAGGAGUUCUCUCCCCUGACUUCCUCAAGCUUUUCCUACCUUCAUUAUUCAUUUCUCAUAUACUCGCAGUUGGCCUGGGGAUAUACAUUGGGAGGCGCCUCAGCACAUACAGCACCUACUGAAGCUGAUGCUGCAUUAUGAGACCACUGACUCAUACAGCUGGCAUGCCUUCAAAUGGGGGCAACUUCAGAAUCCAAGGAGAAGUGGUUGAUGUAGCAUUCUCCAUUUUAGCUGAUUGCCUCAUCUUAUCUUCUGAAUGCUGUGACUGCUUCUUUCUCCCAGAAAUGCCUUGAAUCAGGAACUGAUUUGUGCUGCCAUGUUCCUCUCGCUAUUUUAGAAUGUUGUUUUAUAUUGAACUGCUGCCAAUUGGCAUUGUUUCUCAUUUUCUCAAGCAUAUUGUGUUUGUGUUUUGCCUGUUUCUUAUUCUUAAGGGAAUGAUUAAUGUGAAUGAAUAUUAAUUGUGAAAUAAUUUCCUGCACUCAUUUUCUUUGAAAAAGCUGGGGUUGUUAAUACAUUUCAUGCAACAUGUGAAAGGCAGGGUGUGAAUUGCAACAAAAGUCCAACUUUUGGGGGGGUCUCUAAUUUAACCUAUUCUCCUAUUUGUUUAAAAUUCUAUUGUGUACUGUUACAGUGGUAAAGAUGAAAAUAAAAGCUUAUUCCAAAUUAAAUGAA